AUGCGUCGAGGGUCAGAGUUGGAGAAAUGGACCCAGGUCCUCAAACGUCACUUUGUCUCGACCAAAGUGAGGCCAGAACCACGAGGAGCGGGAACACCUUCCUCAAAGAGUGCUUUUCGAGAGCCUAGCAUACGUAAAGACAUGCAAGCACAAUCUGCGCAGUUGGCUCUCCCGAGAGGGUUUCAGGCAAUCAUAGGAGAAAUAUCCUCCAGUCCAUCUAUUGCCAUUUCUGUUACUGUGGGACCAUUGCACAUACCAGUGGUAGUGAAUGAGUUAAAGAAGCUCCGUUUCACCACUGCAAAUGGAGAGGAUGUAUAUUUUGAUGAAAAUGGAGACCCUGCAGCAAGGUAUGAACUGCUGAACUGGCAAAAGGGCAAAGAUGGUAACGUAGUGUUUGUUAAAGUGGGCUUCUAUGACAGCUCCCUGCAAAAACACAAUCAGUUGUCAUUUAACAACAUCAGUAUAACCUGGGCCCACAAUAAAUCAGAGGUGCCAGUCUCUGUGUGUAGUCCCAGUUGCCCUCCAGGCACCAGGAAAGCUGUACAGAAAGGAAGACCAAUCUGCUGCUUUGACUGUGUAUCAUGUGCAGAGGGGGAAAUCAGUAAUAUAACAGAUUCUAUAAAUUGCAUCAAGUGCCCACCUGAACUGUGGUCUAAUGACAAGAAAACUACCUGUGUUUUAAAGCUGGUGGAAUUCCUGUCAUUUGAGGAAAUAAUGGGAAUCAUCCUUGUAUCAUUUUCUUUGUUAGGAGUUUCAUUCACCAUUUUCAUUGCUGUAAUUUUUUUUAAACACAAGGACACACCGAUUGUUAGAGCAAAUAAUUCUGAACUGAGCUUCUUGCUUUUGUUCUCUCUGACUUUGUGUUUCCUUUGUUCACUAACAUUCAUUGCUCAGCCUUCUGCAUGGUCCUGUAUGCUGCGUCACACAGCUUUUGGAAUCACAUUCGUCCUCUGUAUCUCCUGUGUUCUGGGGAAAACAGUAGUAGUAUUAAUGGCCUUCAGAGCUACACUUCCAGGCAGCAAUGUCAUGAAAUGGUUUGGGCCUCUACAGCAGAGACUCAGUGUACUUGCCUUCACUCUUGUACAGGUCAUCAUUUGUAUACUUUGGUUAACAAUAUCUCCUCCCUUUCCCUACAAAAAUAUGAAGUAUUACAAGGAAAAGAUCAUAUUAGAAUGUAAUGUAGGUUCAGCUAUAGGUUUCUGGGCUGUGCUGGGUUAUAUAGGACUUCUGGCUGUUUUGUGUUUUAUUUUGGCUUUUCUGGCCCGGAAGCUACCUGACAAUUUCAAUGAAGCCAAAUUCAUCACAUUCAGUAUACUCAUAUUCUGUGCAGUGUGGAUCACCUUUAUUCCAGCUUAUUUCAGCUCUCCUGGAAAAUUCACUGUAGCUGUGGAGAUUUUUGCCAUUUUAACAUCAAGCUUUGGUUUAUUAUUCUGCAUAUUUCUUCCAAAAUGUUAUAUAAUUAUACUGAAACCAGAGAAAAACACUAAAAAGCAAAUGAUGGGUAAAGCACCUGCUAAAUGA